GAGGAUUGUGUCUGUAGAAAGAACAGUGUUAGUGAAGAAAGAGAAAGAGAGAUAUAAACACUACAGCGCGCACCAUUCUCCACUGUCCAAGGAGAUCACGCACCGAACCUAACACUCUCUCUCUCUCUAGAAUUUUCUCUCUCUAGUUUUUUUUUUUCUUUCGGUGCUUCAAGUUGAAGUUGAAGUUGAACUGUGUAUUCUUCUUUUGCUUCAUUGUAUUUUCAAUUGAUUGAUUAAUGUUGAGUUGAAACCGGUUCGGUUCGGGUUUGAAGUUAGUGAACCGAAAUGGAUCCAGGAGCGAUGAUGAACGAGGGUUCAUUUCCGAAUGGGAAUGGAAAUACGACGCCGUUUAGUUUAGCGGAGAUCUGGCAGUUUCCAGCGGCGAUUAAUGGCGGCGGAGGUGGAUUAGGACUAAGAAGGCCGCAGUUUGGGAACGGUUUAGGACAGUAUGGUGAGUUUGGACCCGGUUUGAACCGGGAUGGUAAUGGUUUGAACCAUGCUGGUGGUGGUGGUAAGAAGAGGCGUGACUCUGAAGAUGAUUCUGCUAAGUGUGUUUCCACCAGUAAUGGCGGUGCCAAUGCCGUGAAUGAUAGUGAUGGAAAACGGACUAAAGCAUCGGGGAACAAGAAUGAGGGUGGUGAUGGUAAAGUUGAAGGAGAAGCCAGUUCAGGAAAGCAUGCGGAGCAAAGCAGUAAGCCACCUCCUUCUGACCCUCCUAAGCAAGAUUACAUCCAUGUUCGAGCUAGAAGGGGUCAAGCUACUGAUAGCCACAGUCUUGCAGAACGUGCCAGAAGGGAAAAGAUUAGUGAAAGGAUGAAAAUUCUACAGGAUUUAGUUCCUGGUUGUAAUAAGGUUAUUGGGAAAGCAUUGGUGCUUGAUGAGAUAAUUAAUUAUAUUCAAUCACUUCAGCGCCAAGUGGAGUUUUUAUCGAUGAAACUUGAAGCAGUUAAUUCAAGACUCAAUACCGGCAUUGAAGCCUUUCCUCCAAAAGAUUAUGGUCAACAAACGUUUGAUCUUGCCGGCAUGCCAUUUGUUUCACAAGCUACAAGAGAGCCAAGCAGAGGUUCUUCACCAGAAUGGUUACAUAUGCAGGUAGGUGGUGGUUUCGAAAGAACGACGUAGGAUACGAGAUCACCUCAUCGUGUAAUAAUAAUAUGCAUAAAUGAGCAGUAUUCCAUUUCAUCCUUCAAAUGCUCCUAUAUUAUAAAACAAAAAUGAUAUACUUAAGGUGUUAAAGUCCAAUGGACACUUCUUCAUUCCCAUUUUCUACACAAAGGUAUGGAGCUGUUACUGUUUUCAACAGGCUGCUUCAGUUUGUGGUUAAGCUUUGAAAAUGAAUUCAUUUACUCAAUAUUGUGUACUAUAUUAUAGUGGACUUUCAGGCUUUUUUUUUUGUUGGUAUUUAACGUGACUCUUGAAGUUAUCAUUCUUGUAUAAGAAUGCUGCUUGUCUUGAAUACAUAAUGCUUACAUUUUGUGUAGUAGUCUCAA